UGGGAUAGCGGAUGUAAUUCAGAGUGCCAGUUCCUACUAUUGGUUUUAAAGGUUUGUUCAGGGAUUUGUCAAGCAUUUAUAUUUACAUUCGAUAUAGUUGGUCUUCUGGAGAAACUUGAUGUAAUCAGUUACAAAGCUGCAUGUAAGAGUAGUUACAGUUACAACAGAUGGAAGAGAAACGGGACAAGAGAAUAGGCAAAUCAGGCCAUUUAUGGCUAAGUGCUCGACGAAAGAAAAGAAAAGCAACGGCUGCUAUCGCAUACCAGCAAGAGAGAAAAAAAAGAAGACUUGAAGAAAUCUCCACAUUUCCAGAGGAGGUAACGUGGACGCUAACGAGUUCGGGAAACGAGAACGAUGAUUCGUCAGCACCUGGUACAAGUCAGACAGAAAGCGGAAUUUUCAACUUGAUAACUCAAAAAGAGCUAAUGCAUGAAGCUGCUGCUAGCCAGCAUACAGAAGAGAAUCUUGGUCAACAUAAUCAUGCAGAUUUGGAACACGAAUGUGACGUUUCCGAAGAUGAAGUACUUUCUACAAAGCUGAAAACUAUGAGUAAAAACAUACCUGAAGUAGAAGAGGUACUACAGGAAGAUGGGAUACACACGAAGACAUACGCAGUACUGAAACAGCUGUCUCCAAUAUUUGUGAACUCUUUGGAAGCUCAGGAUUAUGAAACCAACACAGAAAAUUUGCACUCUCUGGACCACCUAUCCGUGACUUCAAUCACUUCACAUGGACAGGUAUCCAAUACUGACAGCGAUGAGCUGGGCUAUUUAAGAGAAUCUGCCUGUAACUAUGAAGAAGAUUCCAACAUAAAAUCCUCUGAUAAAACAGAAAUGUGCCCGACCACUACAAUAGAAACUGACUUUGUGCUUGAAGGACAUCGUAUUGUGGACAUCGGUUACGUAUUGAUGAAGCUGGUAGAGCUGGGGAAUCAUAAUGCUGCUUUUGGUUGUUCACUAAAUAAUAUGAAGGUCUUCAAAGAAAUACGGCGUGGAUUGUCAUCUGUUGUACUCUUUAGAUGUAACAUGUGCAAUGGGCAAUUUUCAUUACAUACACAUGAUCCAGGCACUUCCUCAACUCACAUGGAUAUCAAUGCAAGAGCUGUGGCUGGAGUAAUGAGUAUUGGCGGUGGAUUUUCUCAUUUGGAAGAAUUAUCCGGCCGCACGUACGUCACGGUCGCGUCUGCCCGUCUGACUCCACCCCCGGCUGUAAACCACGCCUCCCGGAGGGCAGAAACACGUGGCCGGCUCGGCUCAUCGCUGUGA